UGUCAACCUGAGUUCCCCUCUUCUUUUCCAAGCCCAUACUCUGCGCAGACCUGACGCUAUAAUGCCUUUCAACUGCAGUGCUGUCACUUUCAACCCCGAAACCGAUAUUCCUCCCCUGGAUGGCAAAGUAAUAUUCGUUACAGGAGGCACCCAUGGCCUGGGCAAACAGUCUGUUUUCGAGUUUGCUCGACACAAUCCCCGCGAGAUCUGGCUCGCAGCCCGUAAUGUGGUCCAGGCCAGGAUUGUCGUCAAUGAGAUCAUGCAGACUGUUCCUGGAGCGACUAUUCACAUCCUUGAAUUAGAUCUCACCUCAUUUUCAUCAAUCGAGAAGGCAGCGAAGAUAUUCCUGUCGGCCUGUGACCGUCUGGACAUCCUCAUGCUCAACGCCGGCAUCAUGGCCGUACCACCAGGAAUCACCAACGAAGGCUACGAGAUCCAGUUUGGGACCAACCACAUGGGCCAUGCGCUUCUGAGCAAGUUGUUGUUACCGAUCCUCGACAAGACUGUCAAGUCCGCCCCCGGCGCAGACGUCCGCAUCGUCUCGGUUUCGUCAAAGGGGCACCGGUAUCUUCCUCGGGGAGGCUUCCGCUUCAACUCGCUCACCACCACAGGGGACGACUUGGGCGCCUACGGACGGUACUAUCAAAGCAAGCUGGCGAAUGUGCUGUGGGUGAAACAGAUGGCCGAACUGUAUCCGCAGUUUCGGGUUGCGGCUGUUCACCCGGGUGUUGUACAGACCCAGCUGAUGGAUGGAGCGACAGCCUCUCCCACCGCGGUACAGGCGUUUGCGAAGGUCGCAUACAGGCUGUUUAAACCGGUGGAGAAGGGGGUGUGGAACCAACUUUGGGCCUCUGUUGCACGGGACGUCCAUAGUGGAGAGUACUAUGAACCCGUUGGCGUGAGAGGCCGGGCCAGUGAUGAUGGAAAGAAUAGGGAGCUGGCGCAGGAACUGUGGGAAUGGACGGAGAAGGAACUCAACAGGUAUCUUGCUAGGUCCGUUAAGUGAAUAGUAGGCUUUGUCAAUGGCUGGUUUCCUGUCUACGACUGAUUGCAUGUUUUGAGUUGUGAGGAUUCAUAUCUGUUUUAUUUUGAACAACCUUCCGAUACGAUGUGGCAGAUGCAGAGCUCAACACUAGGCCACAUAAUUGAGGUCUCCUACAGUCCUUGAGUAACUAUUCCAACGCUUUCUUUGGAGGGUGGGGGGAAUUGGAUGAUGAUGUCUAUCCUCAUAGCAGGAUCCACUACC